UCCGAUUGUUGGCUAUGGCCCACCACCAGCCCCCUGCCCAGCACCCCCACCACGUCCCGAUGUAUCGGCCAUCGACCGAGAAGACGCCUGUCGUACAAGUUGUGCCUGGGUACACGCCGCUGCCGUUGUACAGCGGGUUCCAGCAGCCGACGGAACCACUGGCUCAAGCCAUGGCUCCAACGACCAACGAGAAGAAGACCAACAAGUUCUGGUAUACCUUGACGAGUCCACUGCGUCCGAUGACGUACCAACUGAUCGUGUUCCACUUGGUCAACUUUUUGUUUGCAGUCAUAGCGUUCGUGAUCGUGGUGGCCGUGGGAAGUGUCGGCAUUGCCACGAUUCCCAUCUUUUGUCUCGGCCUCGUCGUGCUGCAAGUGCUUUUGUACGUCGUGCACUUCUUUGCCAACGUCGACGCCCACUUGUACAAUUGCAUCGCGCCGAAGGAUGAGCAGAUUAUCGUGCAAUUCCACGUCCCCACCCGAGGACUGUAUCAGGUCAGCGGCUACCGCAUCUCGCCCGACUUGUCCCGGAUCUCAACGGAAAGCUUCGCGGCGGUCUUUUACUUUGUCUUUGUCAAGUUUCCGCUGGCUGUCGCGUUCAGCUCGUCCGUGUUGGCUUUACUUGUGGCGUCCAUUACGCUGAUAAUGUACCCGUACGUCGUCGAGACAAGAUUCCACAGCCAACUGGACCACUUCCGUACGAACGGCGACACCAUCCACAUCGGCCAUCUCAACAUUGAUGACCUCGAACCUGGACAAGUUGUGGGGAUUGGAAUCGUCUUGCUCUACUUGACGAUCGGGUUCCUCCACUUGUUUGGCAAGGUACAUAGAGCUACCACCAAGUUCUUCACGUGCGAAUUCUUCGCUACGUCUGGCUACGUUGUCCAAGGGUCGAUCCAGCCCCACUUCCUGUCGUCUCUCCAAUACGCCGUGCCCCCGCUUGGCCCUCAGCCAACGGUAAUGAACACCCCGAUCCCGGCUGCCUUUGCAGACAACAGAGUGACUGCCCCCUCUCUUCACCGUAACGCUUUUGAGCGUUUUGCGUCCAAAUUCGGGUCGGCAAUUCUUCUCGCUGUCUUCGCAUGGCUCAGUCUUAUUUUUUCCAUCGGCAUGUUUGCCGUCGUCAUCUCGAGUCUAUUUCUAACGAUCGGAUCGCUUCCUGCUGCCUGCGUCGGGCUCUUGGUCCUCCAAGUCCUCGUUUGGCUCGUACAACCGCUGUCCAAAGUCGACGCGUGGCUGUUCGAACAGCGCCAACGAAUCUAUACCGAAUUGCUUCGCGACCACUAAAUCCCCAAUGUGAUCUAUACCUAAACCAUUAGCUCAAAAUACCGUUUUGGCGACUGG